AUGAGCUCAUGGUUCACUCGUCCCCGCUCUCCUAAGCGCCUCGACACGACUUCCCUAUUCCCUUCUAUUACCUCUGAGACAAGCCGGGCAGGGACAGUGACUGGCAACCUCAAAGCGUCCCUUGAGGCAUCCCCCAUCGCUCCCGCCCUCGCUUCGGCGGAGGCAGAGCCCAGGAAGCGCGCGUUUACGGCGGCGCUCAGCACACCGCACGAUAGUGUACUCUCUGAACUACAGGGACAGGGACCCGACCAUGACCCGGGCGCGCGACUCGAUGCCACGCCCGCACCGACGUCUGUCACCGGCAUGAGCAGCGAUACGCUGCCUCGCACGGAUGGCUUGUCGUCGCCUCUCGACACACUUUACGACCCGUUUACGGGCGCGCCAUUAGGAGUGCUCUCCCUUGUCUCUUCCGCUCCUGACGAGACCCAGAACAAGAACGUGGGCAUUGGCGCGAAGGAGGAGCUAUGGACCCACCUGGCUCGGAUACGAAGCCUGCAGGCGGAAAUCGCGGGCAUGCAUGUGACAAUGGAGGGGAUUGGAGUGGGUCUGGGUAAGCCAAGCGGGUCGAGGGGGGCAGCGGGUCGGAGGGGUGGCGGUACAGAAAGGCUAGAUGGGGAUGGGGCCGAGGAAGGGGCCGAAGGGAUCGAAGGGGAAGGGGAGGAAGCAGGAGAGCGGCGGCUGCAAGAGCGGGAGGAUGAGUUCGAGAAAUCAGAAGAGAAGUUUGAGAUUCGUAAAGCUGAGAUCGACGGCAUUAUGCACAAGGCACUGACGACGUUCCACGCCCUUGAACCUCCCACUGUCGACUUCGCUGCCGUAUCCCGCUCCAACACUACCUCCACCGCACCACCCAUGACACCUUCCUCGCCCUCCAUGCUCCGCUCCGACCGACCUGGACUCUUGCGCCUCCCCUUAGAUGGGUCUUCGCCGCGCAUACAUGACGAUCUCUACUUGGAGAGUCCCGUGAGCGCUCACAGUCCACUCCCAACAGACGGAAAUGUUGAGACUGGCAGCUUUCACAUGUGA